CACCUGAGGCUGAGGAUAAGGCUAGCUAGCUGAGCCUGAGACCAUACAGUAUACUAAUCAGAGGUAAAAAGUAUCUAUGCUGUGACCAGAUUGCCGAACCUGAUAAAACUUGGACUUAAAUAUCUGUUCAAAGAAGAAGCCGGUUUGUGACGUCAAGGGUUUGUUGUUUAUCAACAAAAGUCCUUUGUCACUUGAGCCAUAGUGCGAAUUGCGAAAGAUUCUAUUUGUACUACAAAGAAGAGAGACGAUUAUUAUGAAAGUUGGACUGAUCUCAUAAUUAUAUAUAAUUGAAAGCUAAAGUAACUCAACAGUACUAGAAUCCCGAAUUAUUAGAUAGAGCUGUUAGUUAGUUUCAUCAUAGAUAUUUAUGGUUUGAUUAAACACCAGUGGUGGGCGUAGCAGUAAGCUGUAUUUGCUAGUGAAGGCCUUUAUUGAUAGUGUUUCAUAUCCUGCUUUAUAAAGAAAUGUUUCUAUUUCUUUAAUAUGGCUUAUGUUAUGCAUUGUGUGUAGUUAGAUAAGAGAAGGAAAGAGGAAAUGAAUCCACGAAACUAGUAGUACAUGUAGUACUGUAUCACAUUAUAUCUCAGUUUAGCACAUUCCUUUUUGGGUUAUUGAUAAUCAAUCACAUGCUUAUAUUUUGCAUCCUUCACAAUAAUUAUACUUUGUCACCAAGUCUUUUAUCUCUUCCAGGCAAGAAACAUAAUACAGGAGCAAUGAACUAUUUAGGUCUUGGCUAUGUGGGGAGAGCUGGUGCUAAACUGGUUUCCAGCUGCAAAGAUUUAUACAACGAUUUGAAUGGAGCUAAUUUGACUGGAGCCGUUGAUGUAAUUGGCAUCAAGCAGCCUGAUGGAAGCAUCAAGGCUACGCCAUUUCAUGUUCGAUUUGGAAAAUUUGGCGUAUUUCGUACAGGAGACCUUAAAAAAGAAGUUGAGAUAGAAGUCAAUGGUGAGGUUGUUAAUAAUAAGAUGAUGAUAACGGAGAAUGGAUCUGCCUUUUUUGUCAAGUCAAAUCCUGCCGAAGGAUCAUCAAGACCAACAUCCCAAUGUGUUGAUCAUUCCUUGUCUGUCGAUACAACUGUCAGUGUAUCAUCAUCAGACUGUGUAACUCCAGUACCAUCCAGCUCACCUAUUGCACCUUUAGACCUCUUACUAGUACAGGAUACUAAAAUUGAUAAUGAAGGAGCAACGCAGCUGUUACUAAGCACUACUGAUUAUCAUCAUCAAGCUGAUGUGUCCAUUGAAGAGUCUGAUGUAGACAUGAGUCCUGAAAAGAGUAAAGAGGAUUUAUUUGAAGAUAAGGAGCCAGUCCCUAAUGGAGUUUUCACUCCAUCAAUAACAAUCCCACAACCCACAGAGCCGGCUAAUUCUGAUUUUGAAACUCCAACUGAUGACGUAGCUAAUCUCAAGUGGCCCGAGCCAAAGCUUCUAUCUUCUAGUUUACCUGAUUCUGGAGUCCUCUCUGAUAGUGCACUGGAGGAAACUAAUGACAAAUAUCCUGAAGCAAAUCUAGUAUUAAGUGACAGUGAGGUUGAUAGAUAUCAAGUGAAGACUCAAGGUGAUGUAACGCGAUCACUCUCAACUGCUGAAGAAGGUGGUCUGGCCUCACUACAGAAUGAGGAUCAGAGAGGCAUAUGGGGUAAACUAACUGGCAUUCUCCGUAAGAAGAAGAGGCGUAGAUACAGCAGCGUUGAGGAAGGUGUCUAUCUUGAUGACUUGUCUCAAGGAUUUGUCAAUCAAGAAGAGGUGCCUAAGUUCUUUCCUGAUCGACACCCUCACCCGCCCCAUCACACUAGCCCUAUAUUCAGUGAUGAGACCAGUGGAGUUGGUAGCUCUCCCUCACUCUCACCCUCACAUCCUCCAACAAGUGAUGAAGAUCAAGAAACUGAUAGAAUCCUUAACACUCUCUCUGAUAUUGCUAUUUCUCGCUGUGGCGGUCUCUCUCAGGGAAGGAUCAGCAGCGAAAUGUUCCAAAGCUCUCAAAUCAGUUUCGCCGAGUUUUGCUCUAACCCUGAAAUACUCGCCCACCCCGACACAGUAGUUAGAAUUAAUAACAAGUAUUACGGUUGGCAGGUUGCUGCUCCAAUGAUAAUGUCGUGUUUAUUGUAUAGUCAAACACUACCCGAGUCUUCGAUGACUGCAAUGAUGAAAUCAAAAAAAUCUCGUUUUUGGAGUUUCUGGAAUCGCAAUAACAGCUCAGAGCCAGUGCCAAAUGGAAACAACAUACCCCCAUCACACGAAGUCCCUAUUGAUCAUCAUCAUCAACCAAUAGAUUGGGCCAGUAGUGCACACAUCAUUGAUAGUCUCUCCAGUGAUGAGGGAGGACCCACUGACGAGGAAACUAGCACUAACAAUAAAAAUGAGGGAACCUCAAAGAGCCGUCAGAGAUCAAUGAGAAGAAAGAAACUUCGUUUCUCGACAGAAUUGACUCCUGAAGAAUUAGCACAAUGGCCACUUAAAAUGGGUAGAAAUGAUAUUGUGUUCUCUAUCACGACAAAGUAUCAGGGCACAGCUAAAGCUGCUUGUACAUUUUAUCUUUGGGACUGUACUGUGAAGCUUGUCGUAUCUGAUUUUGAUGGAACAAUUACAAGAUCUGAUGUUGCUGGUCAAGUCCUGCCUCUUAUUGGUAAGGACUGGACACAGAAUGGAGUUAUUGAGCUCUUCUCUGCCAUCAACAAGAAUGGAUAUCAUUUUGUGUAUCUCUCAGCUAGAGCAAUUGGACAAUCGUGGUAUACUAAGAAUUACCUACAGAAGACAAAGAGAGGAGAUUAUUACUUCCCUGAUGGGCCCUUGCUAGUUACACCAUUCUCACUCUACACUGCUUUUAAAAAGGAGGUCAUUCAGAGAAUACCAGAAGAGUUCAAGAUAUUGUGCCUGCAACAGAUUCAAGAAAUUUUUCCAAGUGACUACAAUCCGUUUCACUCCGGAUUCGGCAAUAGACACAGUGAUGUAAAGUCAUAUCUUCAGGUCAGAAUACCGAUAUCUCGUAUCUUCAGUGUUAACCACAAGGGAGAAAUCACAAAUGAACUAUCAUACACUUUUCAAUCAUCAUAUAAAGAUCUAAUGUCUCUAGUGGAUGCACAGUUCCCCCCACUAGUAAACUCUAGUGACAGAGCUAAAGAAGGUAGUAAAAAGACAUCACUGAGUCGAAUGCAAAGUGAAGAUUAUAGUUCUUACGUGUACUGGAAGAAAUCAUUGGACAGUUUUGAGGAGGUUGAUUUGCCUCCACUAGUAUAGCACUUUUUAUUAUAGUUAUUAUUAUUGUAAAUACUUUAUAUUGAUUAUUGGAUGAGAUUAAUAAAAUAAUUAUAA